CCACCGGACCAGGCUCGAGGCCCAACUCCCAGGUGCAAAGUUGCUCGCCGUGAGUCAUUGACUGCCCGUCUUCUGCUGGUGCUCGUGCUCACCUUCUUGAAUCUGCUCCGGUCUUGUUUUUCUCACGCGCAAGUUGAGCCUAGUCUCCACUGGCCGCUCCGAUCUGCAACUUUGUGUGUUCUCCCUUGCAUCCGAAUAGUCCGUUUCACUGUGUCUUAGUUGCAGCUUGCGUUCGUUUCAGUCUCAAACAAAAAUCUGAUGCUUUUUCUGUUGUUUCCAAUUUAAAACUUUGGUUGAAAACCAAUUAAAUGCCAAAAUCAAAGCUAUUUAAACUGAUUGGUGAUGAAUUUCGUAGUUUUGACUUUUUUCUUGCUACAUGUGGUAUUAGUCAUCGUUAUGCACACUAUGAAAUGGGCACUAAUGAACGUAGACAUGGAUACAUUGUUGAAUUGGUCUUGCUUUAUUAGCUAAUGCUGGUUUACCUUUAAAAUUAUGGGAAGAUGCAUCUCUCACUGCUGCUUAUGUGACAAAUUUACUUCCUUCUUUUGCUAUUCAGUUUGCAACUCCAUUUACCAAACUCUUUCACAGAACUCCUUAUUACUCCACACACAGGGUCUUUGGUUGUGCUUGCUAUCCUCUUAUGUGUCCCUAUAAUUCUCACAAGCCCUCUUUUCGGUCUGUUGAGUGUACCUUCUUAGGUUACAGCAUGUCUCACCACAAAUGUCUUGCGCCAGAUGGUCGUCUUUAUAUCUCUAAUGAUGUGCAGUUCAAUUAAUCAGUUUUUCCUUUCAAACAUGUUUCUUCAACUUUUUCUGCAUCCCGUUCUGUGGUAGUCUUAAAGCAUUCGUAUUGGUCUAAGCCUCAGAGUGAACCCUAUGAUUUGUAAUAUUUAUAUUAGUACAUUACAGAUUUGUUACAAAUUUGUAAACAUACAAAUAAUUUAUCUUUUGGUGUUUGAUGUUCUGAAACAGUUUAUAUGGAGUGUGUGGUGCAGGGCAUUAUAGAAACACAGCAUGUCGAGGCCCUUGAGAUUCUCCUACAAGGUCUAUGUGGUGUUCAUAAAGAGCGAUUGAGGAUCCAUGAAAUUUGCCUCAAGAGUGGUCCCAACCUUGGAGCUGUAUCUUCGGAGGUUAGACUCUUGUGUGAUCUUGAGCAGACUGAACCAUCAUGGACCGUCAGACAUAUAGGGGGUGCAAUGAGAGGUGCUGGUGCUGAGCAAAUUUCAGUUCUGGUCAGGACAAUGGUGGAAAGCAAAGCAAGCAAGAAUGUACUCCGCUUGUUUUAUGCGUUGGGGUACAAGUUAGACCAUGAAUUGUUGAGGGUGGGCUUUGCUUUCCAUUUCAACAGGGGUGCACAAAUCACUGUAACUGUGUCAUCAAUCAAUAAAAUGCUGAAGCUGCAUGCAACUGAUGAGGCUGUGCCAGUAACGCCUGGUAUUCAGCUGGUUGAAGUAACAGCCCCUGCUACUUCUGAAACCUAUACGGAGAUUGUUUCUGCUGUGUCAUCCUUUUGCGAAUACCUUGCACCGCUUCUCCAUCUAUCAAAACCAGGCAUCUCAACUGGAGUUGUUCCUACUGCUGCUGCAGCUGCUGCGUCUCUUAUGUCUGAUGGUGGGGGUACCGCCUUGUAGCUUCCUUGUUCUGUUGUAAUGCCCUUUAUUUCUACAACAUUUUUUAAUGAAUCAUAAAUACGAUUUUGUAUUCGUUUUGCUAUCUAGAAAAUAGAAAUAUGACAUCUAUUGCAAUAUUCAAUUGUUUAUUUUAUAAUCAAA